ACGAAAACCUACAUGGGCCGACGAUAUCAAUAAUACCUGUCUGAUGUACGGCACCACAUACUUAUUGUGAAACUUGUUUUACAACCAUUUACAUUUCUAGGAAAUUUUUUCGACAAAAAACAAAAUAAUCGACACUAUUAGGCAGCAAAUGAAAGAGAUUUUAAUUACUCGGCCAAAAUUUUGAGGUUUCCAUUUGAACACACGCACACACACACACACACUUAGAAACAAGUGAAUGGUGAUAUUAAUUUGACGUAAACAUACAUAACCCAAACGACAUUUGGGCAUACAUAGUUUACACAGUGCGCAAAUUGUAUGUGGAAUAAUGUCGUUAGCACUUUUAUUGAAAAUUAAUCGUUUCAUUCAACGAAUUGAAAAUGCAUUACCGCAAAUUUUUGGCAGAGGUUUUCCACCAGAACCCAUGUAUGCAAUUGCGUGCCCCGGUUACACACCAACCACAUUAAAAGAAUCAUCAGCAACGAGUUCAUUUUCAUUGAAGGAUUUAAUCGGCGAUGGAAUUUUAUGGGCCGUUCCAAAACAUCGGAAAACAAUCGAAAAACGAAUGAAGGCCCGAUACGGUCAUCAUUUAUAUGGUUCAAGAUACAUGAUUAAUCCAAAAACAACAUUACGCAUAUGCGUACAAUGCGGUCAUGAUCAUGAAGUUGGUGUUUUAUGUCCUAACUGCUAUCAACGUGUAAUGGAUGAAACAAAAGAAAUGCAAACGAAAAUUGAGGAGAAACUUGGAUUGAAUCCAGUUGAGCAAGAAGUCGUUGUAUUGUACGAUGGUGAAAAGGAUAAGCCAGCGGAAUUUUGGGAAGGAAAACGUGUUAUUGAAAUGGAAAAACCACGACCCACAUGGUUUAGUAAGAAUUUACUGCAAAAAACAACACAACCGGCAGCCAAAACAACAGAAGUUAAACCGACCAACUUAGGUUAAACCAAUCGCACCCAAAUUACACAUUGGGCGCCACAUUAGUUUAAUUUGAAAUAAAAUAUGUAGACAUAAAGCAAAUGGAACAAUAAAAUGUUGGACGAAGUCAAAAAAGAAAACAACGAAAAAUUUCAUUGUAA